AAGUUAGUUUUUAUAAACGUACCACAAUGAUCUAACCUGCUUGAAGGGAUAACAAUUUCCACUAUGCCCCGAACUGGAUGGAAAGCGUGAUGUGCAAAGCUCUAAGCAAACGCAACCAGUGGGAAAUGGAAGGAUUGAGAGGGGGAGAGGGCUCUUCCAGUAACCAGUGCAGGAAUUUCCUCUCUUCUCCCGCUGUGUUUGGCUCUCCCUCCAGCAGAACGGUCUCGGGAUUAGCCUACCCUGCCCCAGAGAGGUCCACUUCCACCCGCUCGGAGGCCACCAAGGAAGGGCCAACCUGCCCAGCGUCCACAGGGCCAUCUGCAGCCCCCCUUGGAUAUGGUUAUCACUUUGGAAACGGAUAUUAUAGUUGUCGCAUGUCUCAUGGGGUAGGUCUGCAGCAGAACCCACUAAAGUCCUCCAGCCAUACCCCCAUGGGAGGGUUUCCAGUGGAAAAAUACAUGGACGUAUCUAGCCUAGCUAGCACCAGUGUACCCAGCAGUGAUGUGUCUUCAAGAGCCAAGGAAGUAUCUUAUUUUCAGGGCUAUACAAACCCCUACCAACAUGUCCCUGGUUACCUAGAUAUGGUGUCAUCAUUUGGUUCUGCGGAACCCAGACAUGAGGCCUAUAUAUCAAUGGAAGGCUACCAGUCUUGGACUUUGGCUAAUGGGUGGAACGGUCAAGUCUACUGUCCAAAAGACCAGGCUCAAGCCCCUCACUUCUGGAAGUCCUCGUUUCCAGGAGAUGUAGCACUGAACCAGCCAGAUAUGUGUGUAUAUAGACGUGGCAGGAAGAAGAGGGUGCCCUACACCAAGCUGCAGCUCAAAGAGCUAGAAAACGAGUAUGGCAUGAACAAGUUCAUUAAUAAGGACAAGAGAAGGAGGAUAUCUGCAACCACCAACCUUUCAGAGAGACAGGUCACAAUAUGGUUUCAGAACAGGAGAGUAAAGGACAAGAAAAUUGUAUCUAAAAUAAAGGACAUCUCCUGAUCCUUCCUUCAGGCACUUCAAGAACAUUCAAACUUCCACAGACACAAUCAAUAAAAUGUCUGCGAUCUUCUCGCUUGAGGUUGAUGAUGAUGAUGAUGAUGAUUGCCUAAACAUUUCUUAAUACGUUUACCCCUUUUUUCCAGUCCCAUAAUCAUUUGUUUGGUUCAGUAUCACGCUAACCUGCAAGGGUAAUCUGAACAAGAGUCCCUUUUUUUUCUUAAUGAUUGUACUGUAUUGAUCAGAAGUGUUGAAUAGUCAACUUUAUUCUAUCUCAGGAAACCUUGACUUGGCGAUAACGGGCAGUACAAUAUUUGACAUCAACAUUUAGGAUCCUAACCCUAUAAUCUCGGGGAAUUCUUACUUGCAUGCUUUCCUAUUUCUGUGUAUUUUGGUGCCUUCCAAACGUCUUGCCUUGUACAACCAGUAACGUAAUAUCACGUCUUUUAUUAUCCAGUGUGUAAAUCAAGAUCGUGCAACGUGGGCGAGUCGUAGAACUCAUGUGCGACCUUGCUAUACACGCAGACAGUUAUGCAGCCAAAAAAACAAUUCAAACAGGCGAAUGGUCCCACGGGCAUUUUCUGUUUUAUGACAGUAAAAUUGAGUAUCUUGUAAAUAUGCCUUAUGUUUUUCUCUUAUGAUUUUAUGAUGGUAUAUAUUGCAAUAAUGUCUUAAUUAAAUUUGUUAGCGCGAAUUUAAAUACAAAGUAAAUGGAAUUAUUUUUCUAAGGAGAAGCCUUUUCCAGAAUAUUUAUUGUUUUGUCUUUGAAAAUCUGGAACGAUGUGGGUCGUUUUGUGCUCAUUUUACAUCCUAGCUGUUUUUAGAUUUAUUGUGGCAGUUACAUGUCAAUGUUUAAGGACCACUGAAUUGAACUUGGCUUGUAAGUCGUCCACAACUAUAUAUGUGAAAUUCUUACUGCCUUGGGAGGGACGGAGGAUGGGGUGAUUUACUAAAGUGAAUUAAAGUGAAUCAUCCAGCUGUGUGGAGGUUUAAAAAAUGCACAUGGUUGGAUGUUAAAGGAAAACUUAACUUUAAUAAAUCCCACUCUUGUA